AUGACGAAUGCUCUCACAAAGAUGUUGGCGUCGACUGAAUCCGAGGCCGAGAAUACUCCCAAGCAAACGACACUUUUUGACAAAUCUAGUCACCAAGCCCGAAUACCACUGACAGACAACGACCUCGAGGCGUCUCAGUGCGCCAUGUAUAUUACCCUCGAAUCACGCAUGCAAACGUCACCAGCGGAGCACCAGGGUGACAUUACCACGAGAGCUUCAGCGGCAUGGGCGGUCUUGCUGAGCACUUGGGCCGCAUCAACUCGAGUUAUAUUUGCUUUAAGUCACCCAGAUGCUGAUGAAAGAAGUGUGGGUGUCGACCCCAUUGUUGUUGAAACCUCUGUCGACACAGACUUGACAAUCGCAGAUCUUAUUCGUUCCCUCCGCCUUCGACAACCAGAAGUACUCCCCAAUGGCACAGUCAAACAUCUCCUCAUACAGUGCCUCGCAGAGCGAAAUGGCGACUACGCUGCCAUAAAGAGCCUGACAAGAGCCGACAGCUCUCAGCUAACAGGGGAAAGCUGUACAUUGCGCCUAAGACUUCAAUUCACCGGCUCCGAGAUUCUCACGAGGGCUACAUUCGAUGCUACAGUGGUCGAGGAGGAGCAGAUGCGGCGAGUCGUGCACCAGCUUGAGCAUGUUCUUCGUCAACUGACAGCCGCUGCGGGCGACAUCUCAACCAUACGCGUCAGAGAUAUCGAAGUGUUUAGCCCCCAAGACGCCCACGAGAUGGCAUCGUGGACUGACCUUCCCACAUCGACGUUGGAUACCUGUGCGCACCACUUAAUCGAGCAACAGGCAAAGCGGCAGCCGUCCGCGUUGGCCGUAUCUGCUUGGGACGCUCAAUUCACAUAUGAGGAAGUAGAUGGCCUAUCCAACCGCCUGGCAUCGCAUCUAAGGGGACUAGGGGUCGGUCCAGAUGUCUUGGUGCCUUUCUGUUUCGAGAAAUCAGCGUGGGCGGUGGUAUCCAUGCUUGCCAUUCUCAAAGCUGGCGGAGCUUGCGUGGGCCUUGAUAGCAGCCAUCCCAUGUCUAGAUUGAGCAAGAUCAUCGAAGACUCUGAUUCCCAUGUUAUUCUCACUUCUGGUCGAUGUAAGGGCUUGUUCUCGGGCCUCGACCUCACCAUCAUACCGGUAGACGAAGCAUUUGUCCGAAGCCUACCCUGCGUACCUUUCUCUCCUUGUACUACAGUCAAUUCCUCGCACGCAGCCUACGUCACCUUCACCUCCGGAACAACAGGAAUCCCCAAGGGUAUCAUCAUUGAGCAUCGAGCCAUCUGUUGGAGCGGCGCCACGCAAGGCCGGACCCUCCGCCUCGGUCCAGCAUCCCGGGUUCUCCAGUUUGCCGCGUAUAGCUUCGACAUUAGCAACGGUGAUAUAUUGAAUACGCUCAUGAAUGGAGGUUGUAUCUGUGUGCCAUCUGAGGACGAGAGAUCCAACGAUCUGGCUGGUUUCAUCAGCCGCAUGGGGGUCAACUGGGCCUGUCUCACUCCAAGCGCCGCAAGCAUCCUGCAUCCAUUAGCCGUCCCUACUUUGGAGACCCUUGUAUUAUGUGGCGAGCCCAUCAAGCAAGAGAUAGUCCGCUUAUGGGCAGAUGCUGUGUAUCUGGUCGAUGCGUAUGGCCCGGCAGAAACCACCAUUCUUUGUACCAGCAAUCCCGGAGUGAAGCCUAGUAUGAGCUCUGCCAAUCUCGGUCGGAAUAUGGGAGCUAAUACUUGGAUCGUCAAUCCCUCUGAUCACGACCAGCUGCGACCUCUGGGUUGUGCUGGCGAGAUAGUCAUCGAAGGUCCCCUUCUUGCGAGGGGUUAUCUUAACGAUACCGACAAGACUUCGCUUUCCUUUAUUGAGAAUCCUCGGUGGGCCAUAGACUCGAGCUCUGACGACCCUCGUCGGCUCUAUAAGUCGGGAGAUCUAGGCUUCUUCAACACGGAUGGCACCAUCACCUUCGUUGGCCGCAAAGACAGUCAGGUCAAGAUCCGAGGACAGCGAGUCGAGCUGCAUGAAAUUGAACAUCAUCUACGCGCUUCACUACACCCGGAGACUGGCCCCGUGGUCGCUGGUGUUGUGUCGAUUGCAUCUCGGGAGGUGAUGGCAGCUUUUAUAUGUCUUGAAGACCAAAUAGAGGAAGAGGUCAAUGAUUUCAAACACAUUUCGGAGCUCACGAAAGCCGUUUUGGCUACAACAGUGGAAGGAGUGGCAGCAAAGCUCGUGGAUUACUUACCGGCGCACAUGAUCCCAACAGUUUUCUUUCCGCUCAAAACCCUGCCUCGCAAUCGGUCAGGAAAAAUUGACAGGGUUAAGCUCAGGGAGCUCACAUCUAGGUUGACUUACGAGGACAUUGCCACUUCGCAUACGCUGAGACCAGACACAAGAGAGCCAUCUACGGACCUUGAAAAGCAACUCCAGGCCCACUGGGCCUCAGCACUUAAAAUAGAACAAAGAGACAUUAGUGCCGAUGAUAACUUCAUCAGACUCGGUGGAGACUCCUUGACGGCUAUGAAACUCGUUGCUGCCUGUCGAGCAAGCGGUAUUCCACUGCAAGUUGCCAAUGUCCUGAGCGCUGCGACACUCGCGGACUUGGCGGCCACUGUUGAUCUCGAAAUUGUCAAUGAUCAGACCCAACAAGGAGAAGGAGAGAUUUCUCCCUUUUCUUUGCUAGAUAAAACAAUAUCUGUCCAGACCCUCAUCGACGCGACGCUUGCACUAUGCACUGACAUUGGAGAUGCUAACAUGAUUCAAGAUGCAUAUCCAUGUACUGCCCUUCAAGAAGGGCUUAUGGCGCUUUCAUAUAAGCAACACGGGUCUUACGUUGGUCAGGAAGUGAUUAAGCUGCCCGAAAAUAUCGACAUGUCCAGGUUUCAGGGCGCCUGGAAGCAGACGAUCGAGGCGUGCGAUAUCUUGCGGACAAGGUUGGUGUAUGGCGAGGGUGAAAUACUCUUCCAAGUCGUGCUCACGACCCCAGGGCCUUGGCUUCAGAAGACCAUUACAAGCUCUGACAUGCUUCAAGAGAUCCUAGACUCGGAGCGCAGUGUGGUCAUGAACCCGGGACAGUCCUUGUCGCGCUAUGCCGUCGUAUCAGACGCCUCCACCGGUACAAGAUACUUUGUAUGGACGAUUCAUCACGUCCUUUAUGAUGCUUGGUCCAUGCCAAUCAUUAAAAAUAUGGUCGAGAAGGCCUAUGCCGGCGGAGACAUUGAACGGCCUCCCAAUUUUAACCAGUUCAUAAAGGAGGUGAAGCAGCUUGAAGGAGAGGCAAGUGAAGAGUUCUGGAGGCUCUAUCUUGAUGAGUGCGAGGUACCAAUGUUUCCCACGAUCUCGACUCCUAUAUAUCUACCGGACGCCAGAUCAACUCUGGAUCACAGCUUCCAGAUUCCCCGUCGGCGAGAAGCGGCCUACUAUACCCUGCCCACGGUGCUGCGCGCCGCCAUGGCAGGUCUCGUCGGCUGCUACACCGACUCAAAUGACGUGGUGUUUGGCGUCACCUUGUCAGGGCGAAAUGUAUCGAUCCCAGACAUAGCCUCACUGGUCGGUCCGACGAUUGUCACCGUGCCAGUACGAAUUCGCUGGAGUGGGACGACUACCAUGGGCGACGUUCUGGUCGGCGUUCAGCAGCAAAGCGUUGACAUGAUUCCCUUUGAGCAGCUAGGACUGCAAAAUAUCCAGAGGCUCGGCGAGGGGGCAAACCACGCAUGUCAGUUUCAAAGUCUUCUCAACAUCCGAACUCUUCCCGACGACAGUGUGACCGAUAGUCAUGCUUUGUUUCCUCCUGGCAACAUCAUGGGCGGCGAGAUGGGAAGCUACGGCACUUACACUUUCAUCCUUUAUUGCGUCGUCACUCCAACCAACGAGGUACUCGUCAGAGCAGCCUACGACGAGAAGGUCCUCGAUCGUACACAAGUAACGCGAUACGUGAGACAAUAUGAGCAUCUUGUCCGUCAGUUCUGCACUCUGGACCACUCAGCUCGGAUGGACAACAGUGUCAUGUCAUCCAUUACUGAGGCGGACUGGGCCGAGGUGAGGCGAUGGAACUCGUCCAGUCUUGUGAGCGUUGACUCCUCUUUUCAAGCUCUUUUCACAGAACAAGUGGAACUCCGACCAGAAGCGAUGGCAGUCCGCGGAUGGGAUGGCAAGUUGAGUUACACACAGCUGGAAGACCUUUCCACACGCCUGGCCUGCCACUUGAUCGAGAAGGCUGAUGUCAAACCUGGCACUUUUGUUCCCCUCUGCUUGGAGAAGUCGGUAUGGAGCAUCGUCACAAUCAUAGCAACAAUCAAGACCGGAGCAUGUAUUGUCCCCAUGGAGCCCCUCCACCCGGUGCACCGCCGUCACGUCAUUGUUUCCGCUGUGGAAGCGAAGGUCAUUCUCUGUUCCAGGCAGUACGCGUCAGACUUUCGGGACGUUUGCGAUCAAGUCCUGGUUAUAGAUGAGGCAUUCUGUAAAUCGCUUCCCUCCCCUCGACUAGAACACUCUUUGUUGUCACUUUCAUCAGCCUCAUCCGCGCUUUAUACGCUUUUCACGAGCGGGUCUACAGGAACUCCCAAGGGCGUCGUUAUGGAGCACGGCGCUUUUCUCUCCAGCGCUAUCGCCUAUGCAAAGGGCUUCCUUCUUUCUCACCAGUCACGUGUACUUCUUUAUUCCUCGUAUAGCUUCGAUGUCAGCAUCCUUGAGAUGCUCACACCCUUGAUACUGGGUGCCUGUGUUUGCGUUGUUUCCGACCAUGAUCGUCUGCAUAACCUCGGCGCGGCUAUGGAAACGUUAGGCGCCAAUGCCGCCUUCCUGACGCCCACAGUGGCCAGGACCAUCGAUCCGCAAAGCGUACCUACACUAGAAGUUCUCGCACUCGGAGGCGAGUCUGUGGAUCGUUGCGACAUUGCUCAAUGGGAAUCCUCUGUCCCCCACUUCUUUGAAUGGUAUGGUCCCACGGAGUGCGGCGUAAUAUCAAGCGGUUUCGCCAGCCACAACUUGACCACCGAGCUGCACAAUCUUGGUCGCGCAUUCAACGCAAAGUACUGGGUGACUGCUGUCCACGACCCGAACAAGCUGGUCCCUAUUGGAGCGGUGGGUGAACUACUGAUAGAGGGGCCCAUUAUCGCUCGAGGCUAUCUCGGGGAUCUUGUCAAGACCGAAAAUGCAUUCGUCAAGGGCUUGGUCUGGGCAACGGACAGACAGGGCCGAUUUUAUCGGACUGGUGAUGUUGUUCGCUACGACGCUACUGGGAAUGUCAUUUUCCUCGGACGCCGCGAUACACAAGUCAAACUGCGCGGGCAACGGAUUGACUUGGGGGAGAUCCAGGCUGGUAUUCUUCGAUCUGCCCCGGAUGUGCAGUCAGCUGUUGUCGACAUUGUCAGCAUCCAAGACCCGAUGCUAGUGGCGUUUGUGUGCCUGAAGAAUGAAGAUGCGGAACACGGUGACGCCCAAAACCAUCAGCAUGAGUACCUUAUUCCUUCGUCCCCUAAGCGCGAGGCCUUCCUAUCGUCGCUGAACAACAUUGAAGCGCAACUCUUGAGCCUCCUCCCAAGAUACAUGGUCCCUUUUUUGUUUGUGCCUCUCUGGCGUCUACCCAUGACAGCAUCCAAGAAGCUCGAUCGAAAAGGUCUCUGCAGCUUGGUUGCUGCGCUGUCAAGCAAAGAACUGGCUGAGUACCGAGGCCCAGCUGUGGUCGGCAGAAACCCGUCGACAUGGGCAGAAGGACAAUUGCAGCACUUGUGGGCCGGCGUGUUAUCCAUGCAAACAAACGAAAUUAGCGCAGAGAGCAUCUUCUUGGCCAUAGGUGGUGACUCUAUCCGGGCAAUUCGCCUGGUGGCUGCUUGUCGUGCGCGUGGGUUACAGCUCUCGAUCCCGCAGAUAUUCCAAAGUCCCAAGCUGGAGGACAUGGCACUGCUCUUAACCGGAAACACUGGCAAUAGCACCGAGACUGUCGAGGCUGCUGCAACAAGCCGGCUUGACCUGGACCCAGAACCCUUUUCGAUGUUCAAUGACGAUAGAAGCCCAACUGCUCCCACUACUCCUGCGCAAAAUCCAGCGCUUGAGGAGGUAUUAUCUCAGUGCCAUCUCCACAAUGAAGCGUUUAUUGAGGAUAUAUAUCCGACUGCACCGCUCCAGGAAGGGCUCAUGGCACUUUCGAUCAAAGAAACCGAUUCGUACAAGUCCCAGUCCGUUAUUGACUUGACCUCGGCGGGUGUCGACGCUGACAGAUUUUCCGCCUCAUGGGACCACCUGGUCGAACUGACACCUAUUUUGCGGACGCGCAUAUGUAACACAGAGAGCAGGGGCUCUCUUCAAGUCGUGUGUAAAGAGCCAAUCGAGUGGCAUACGAGUGAGGACUUGAACGGUUACCUGGAGCAGGACCGCAGCAGUCCUAUGUCGUUUGGAGAGCGCCUUGCACGAUACGCCAUCGUUCGUAGUUCCGCGGCACGCUGUCAUUUCGUGUGGACCAUGCAUCACGCUCUGUAUGAUGCCUGGACGAUUCGUUUGAUUUUAGACCAUGUUCAUAGCAUCUACGCCGGUAGAAAAAUCGAGAAGCCUACGGGCUUCUCGAGGUACAUCGAAUACGUUACAGAGAGCAAUCAAGCAGCUGGAAGUGCUCUCAGUGAACAGUUCUGGAGAUCUCAGCUUGAGGGUGCAACCUUAUCUGAAUUCCCUCCGCUGUCGAGGCUAACAUACCACCCACGACCAGACACAAUCACUCACCACAGCUUCGAUCUUCCACCAGGGACACUGCUAGGAGGUGAGUACACUAGGUCUACGCUGGCGUUGGCCGCCUGGGCUGUUGUUGUUGGCCGGUACACAGGCUCUGCAGACGUCAUUUUUGGCACGAUUCUUUCUGGAAGAUACGCGCCGAUUCCAGGCAUCGAACAUGUCCUGGGCCCUACAAUUAACACGGUGGCAAUUCGCCGCAAGAUUGACCCAAAUCAAACAGUUGGUCAGUAUUUAGGCGACUUUCAGAAGCAGGCAAUCAGCAUGAUUCCUCACGAGAUCUUUGGCCUACAGCGUAUUCAACAUCUGAGCGACAGCUUCUACGAGGCCUGCCAGUUUCGAAGCCUGCUGGUAAUUCAGCCGGAAGGGCAAGACAAUAGCGAUGAUGCGAAGGAAAAUGAGGGAUGGCUCGACAAAUUCACUUCCCCCCCCGGCGAGCUGGACUUUGCUGGGUAUCCCUUAGCCCUGGACUGUACCAUGACGAAGACACGCAUCAAGGUCACCGCGACGUACGACUCUAAUAUGAUCAAUGCGGCUCAGAUGGACCGCGUUCUCCACCAGUUCAUCCAUGCCCUCACACAGCUAUGCCUUCCAGGAUCGUUCACCACGACGCUUGGCAGCCUGGAGAUUCUCAGCACCAAUGAUAUCCAGCAAAUCAGUGACUGGAACCGCCCGCCCUUACCGCCUGUCAACAACUAUCUAGAUGACAUGUUCUCUAAUUCUGCCCUGCUCCGUCCCGCAGCGCCUGCCGUUCACGCAUGGGAUGGCAAUUUCACUUAUUCUGAGCUAGAUGACCUCUCAACAUCCCUGGCACUCCGCUUAAUACAGCUUAGCAUUGGACCGGAGACUCCCCUUCCCCUUUGUUUCCACAAGACGAGGUGGUACUUGGUUGCUAUGAUCGCAACUCUCAAAGCUGGAGGCACUUUCGUGCCCAUGGACCCAGGCCAGCCGCUCUCGCGCCUCAAGAGUAUUUUGCUACAGACGCAGGCGGGGACCGUCUUGUGCUCGCCGCAGAAUGCUAACUUGUUCCGAGACGUCCCAUGCGACAACGUAAUCGUAGUUGGAGAUGAUUAUCUGAGUCACUCAAGGGCUUCAGUGGACGGUGCUACCGAGGCACUGAGAAGCAGGCACAAGCGGCUGGACGACGCUGCAUACAUCAUCUUCACCAGCGGCUCUACCGGCGAACCGAAAGGCUGCGUGGUCACUCACCAAGCCUAUUGCAGUCACUUGACGGCGCACGCCAGGCAUUUCGCAGGUUCGACAGUUCGAUCGCUGCAAUUCUCCUCGUACUCGUUCGACGCGAGCCUCCUCGAGAUCUUCACCACCCUGGUGGUCGGCGGUUGCGUGUGCAUCCCGUCGGAUGCAAGCCGUCUGGAAAACAUUGCAGGCUUUAUAUCAGACAUGAAGGUCAACUGGGCGUUCUUGACCCCGUCCGUCGCAAGGCUGAUAGACCCAGCCGCUGUGCCCACCCUCAAAACACUCUGGAUCGGCGGGGAAGGUGUCUCCCAAGACGACAUUCGGCCUUGGCUAGGACGCGUGCAUAUUGUGCAGGUGUACGGGCCGACGGAGUGCGCGGUCAUCUCCAGCCUUGUCGAUGUCGGCGAGACGACGCAUUCAAACGACAUUGGCAAUCCUUUGAUGUCCAACUACUGGAUCGUCGACGCCCAGGACCAUCACGUGCUGCUUCCUGUGGGAGCGGUCGGCGAGCUGCUAAUCGACGGCCCAGUCCUGGCGCGUGGGUACCUCGGGGAUGCCGCCAGGACGGCCGCUUCCUUCAUCGAGGAGACUCCUCGAUGGCUACGUUUGCUCAAGGAUGGAUACCAACGACCCCGACGCAUGUACAAGACAGGUGACCUGGUGCGCUACGAUGCGGACGGGGCCGUGAUUUACAUGGGCCGCAAGCAAAGCGACAUGCAGGUCAAGCUCAGGGGCCUGCGCAUCCAACUGGACGAGGUUGAGCAUCAUCUUCGUAAGGCUCUGCGGGAUUAUGAGCAGGACCUUGUCGCCGAGCUUGUACACGUUGAGGGCAAGGCAAUGCUUGUGGCAUUCUUGGCAGAUGCUAAGAGCAGUGAAGCCCAUGGCGGCUCGUCCGACAAAGACUUGUGUGACGUCGAUGCGGCGACCAGGUCAAGGCUUGCAUCGAUCAUCUCCACAGUAGAAGGCGGCUUGAUCGCCGUUAUGCACAGCACCAUGAUACCCUCCGCAUACAUACCCGUCCGCUGCAUCCCUAUGUCGACCACCGCCAAGACCAACCGAGCUCUGCUCCGGCGGCUCGUCUCGAGGCUAUCGCUCAGCCAGCUCAAUGCACUCAAGGUCAAGGUCAUCGAGAAACACGUUGAGCCGUCAACGCCAAUGGAAAGACGCCUGCAAGCGAUUUGGGCUACGGUUCUCGGCGUGGAGCGGCGUACCAUCAGCGCGGGCGACACAUUCUUCGGAAUAGGGGCCGACUCCAUCACGGCAAUCCGCCUCACUGGAGCGUGCCGUGCCCAGAACAUUGUACUGUCUCCGCGCGACAUCUUCCGGAACCCAGUCUUACGCGACAUGGCCUCUGUGGCAACGCUGGUCAACCAGGAUGAAGUCCAGGCUGUCGAUGGUGAUGAGGACGAUGAGGUGGCGCACUUCUCUCUUCUUGGACAGAUGAGCAUGUACCAGCGUGCUGCCAUGGAAUGCGGCGUCGCGCAGGAUGACAUCGAGGAUAUCUAUCCAUGCACAGCUUUACAAGAGGGCAUGAUGGCGACUUCGGUGAGAAUCCCCGGAGCCUACGCGGCACAAGGGGUGGCGGAGCUCCGGAGCGAUGUCGACGUUGAUCGCCUUAGGGGGGCGUGGGAGAAGACCGUCGAGCUCAACCCAGUACUCAGGACUCGUCUCAUUCACGCCUCGUCACAGAGCGACGGUCAAUUCGUCCAAGUGGUGGUCAAGGAGUCAAUAUGUUGGCAAUACGCAGAGUCUCUCAGUGACUAUACGGCUCAAGACAGCCACAAGACAAUGGGUCUCGGCCGACCACUCACCAGGUACGCCAUUGUAGACGACAAGGCUUCCGGACGACGGUUCUUCGUUUGGACCCUACAUCAUGCUCUAUAUGAUGGAUGGUCUCUGUCACUCAUUCUCAAAGCUGUCAAUGACGCCUAUCACCGGAAGCAUGACGAUGGCGCUUACCGGAAAAACACCAAAGAAUUCAGGUCCUACAUUAAGUAUCUCGAAAAAAAUACCAGCCUAGAGGCCGCCGAGGCCUAUUGGCAGUCAUCUUUACAGGAUGCAACACCUGCAGGCUUCCCACCCAUGACACUGGCAUCAGCACGCCAGCGACCUCAACCCGAUUCGGCGCUGCGACACACCAUAGAGAUAGCACCAGCCAGCACGCAGCGUGCAAGCGCCGCCUUUACCCUCCCAACCAUUGUCCGCGCCGCGUGGGCGAUUCUUAUCGCUAGGUACACCGACUCGCGUGAUGUAUUCUUUGGGACUGUCGUCACGGGUCGGACAGCCCCGUUGCCGGGAAUCGAGAACAUCGCGGGGCCAACAGCGAGUACGGUGCCUGUGAGGACCGUAGUCAACCCAGACACAUCGGUGUUCGAGUAUCUACGCCAGGUGCAAGACCAAGCAGCGGAGAUGAUGCCCUUCGAGACGUUGGGCAUACAGAGGAUUCAACGUCUGAGCGAGGGUGCGCGAGCCGCGUGUCGCUUCCAAAACCUCCUCGUCAUUCAGCCCCAGCCUGCCGUCACCUCCGACUUGGUCUGCCCGGUCCAGGUGGCAGCCGCUGGGGAUGUAUUGGACAAUGUGAGGGAUACAUAUGCCAUGGGCGUAGAGUGUUCCCUCGGCGAGCAGUCGGUCGAGGUCGAUGCUGCCUACGAUUCCAAGAUCAUCAGCCAUAAGCAAAUGCAGAGGGUUAUGAGCCAGUUCAGCCACCUCGUUCAGCAGCUUCUCCAAGCUAACGAGACGCGUCUGGUGGGAGAGCUCGAUAUGCUCGGUCCCAACGGCCGGGAAGAGAUUGAAAGUUGGAACGCCGGUAGUCUACUACUUGAAAGCGCCGAGCUGUGCUUGGACGGGAUGUUCGAGGCGAGCGUCCACCGAAACGGAGGAAAAGUUGCUAUCGAAGCAUGGGACGGCAAUCUCACCUAUGAGGCGCUCGACCAAGCCGCGAACUGUCUGGCGCAACACCUGGUCAACGUGGGCGUCCGCCCCGAGGUCAAAGUUCCGUUGUGUUUUCAAAAGUCAAAGUGGAUGGUGGUUGCCAUGCUCGCUGUGGCCAAAGCCGGAGGAGCCAUGGUGCCGUUGGAUCCAGCGCAUCCCCGAGACCGUCUAGAGUUCAUAAUGAACGCCGUAAAUGCGAAUGCAGUCCUGUGCUCCGCUGAUCAGGCAGGCUGGAUAUCUGGGUGCAAAAAGAAGACUGCGAUUGUCGUUGACGACUCCUACCGCCCCAGCUCUGACCACCAGGUUAUCAGUGGACGCACCGCCCUCUCCAACGCACUCUACGUGAUAUUCACAUCCGGGAGCUCAGGGGAGCCGAAAGGCUGUGUUAUGGAGCACCGAGCCUUUUGCUCCAUGGUGCCUCAUCUCGCACGAGGCGCCCUAUUUGGGCCUUCUGUGCGCAUCCUGCAGCUGGCUUCGUACAGUUUCGGUGCUGCCAUCGCCGAGAUGCUCGCAACUCUCAUUUACGGCGGCAGUAUUUGCAUCGUGCCCAGCGAGGCCCGGGCACGCCUGCCCCAAGUCCUCAAGGAAAUGAACAUCAACUACAUGUUUAUGACACCGAGCUUUUCACGCUUGAUCCCCCCGCAAGCGAUAUCCACUGUCAAGACACUUAUCAUGGGCGCUGAAAGCAUGACGUCCUCCGACCUUGAGAAAUGGGCUCCUCACGUCAGGCUAGUGCAAGGCUACGGGCAGACAGAGUGUGCCACUAUCAUGUCGUGUCAUCCCAACAUGACAGCCAAAUCGCAUCCCAGGAAUGUGGGCAGCCCGAUGGCUUCGAGGUUCUGGAUCGUUGACGCUUCAAACCCCGAUAUCCUGGCUCCCAUAGGCGCCACGGGUGAGGUACUCAUUGAAGGUCCUAUACUGGCCCGGGGAUAUCUCAAUGACCCCGAAAAGACGGCAGCAGCUUUUGUGAAGCCUCCAAGCUGGCGCAGUAACUUCCCCACGCUCGGUAAUUGCGAGCGUCUCUACAGAACAGGUGACCUGGCCUGCUUUGACGAUGACGGCACUCUUCUCUUCAUGGGCAGGAAGGACAAUCAGGUGAAACUACGAGGGCAGAGAAUCGAGCUGGGCGAGAUCGAGCAUCAUCUACAACGAGCCAUGCCAGGCGCCAAGGGCGUUGUCGUGGAGUUGCUCGAAAAGUCAUUGUCAGGGACCGAAACUCACUCCACCCUGGUAGCCUUCGUUGCCUUGGGCACCGAGGUUGCCUCUAAUGAUUUGAGCAAAAUUGAUCCAGCGGCAAUUGAAGCGCUGCAUGCCUUGAUUUCCAGUUCUGCUUCGCAGCUCUCGCGUUUCCUGCCAUCCUACAUGAUUCCAUCGGUCUAUCUACCGCUAGGCGCGAUACCCAUGACCGCAUCGGCCAAGGUGAAUCGACGAGCGCUCCGAGCAAUGCUCUCUGACAUGUCUAUGGAUGACCUCGCGUUACAUAGCCUAUCCAAGGUGGCCAAACGUGAGCCAUCUACCCCCAUGGAGAAGCUACUGCAAAAGCUUUGGUCCUCGGUGUUGCCCGUCGAUGUCAACUCCAUCGGGGCCGACGACCACUUUUUGCAAGUUGGGGGCGACUCUAUCAGUGCCAUAAAACUAGUUUCACUGUGCCAGUCAGAGGGUUUGAAGCUGUCCGUUGCCGACAUCUUUGAGAAUCCGACCCUGAGCAAGAUGGCAGCAGCCCUGCGCACAGCAUCCACAACUGAGCAGCAGUCACAUCAGUACCGCCGAUUUUCUACCGUCCACAACUCAACAGAAGACGGAGUCGUGUCCGACAUGAUUCGCCACUGCAUCGUCGACAGCAAUGAUGAUGUCGAAGAUGUGCUGGAAACGACAUAUAUGCAAACCAUACUCGUGGCUCGCGGGCUAAGAGAGCCCCGUUCCAAGGCAAACUACAUAUCACUCAACUUUACGAGCACGUUGGACACGGCUCGUCUCGAGGCUGCUUGUCACGCCCUCGUUGAACGUCACCAAAUCCUGCGGACAGUCUUCUUCGCCCGUCGACAACAGUUACUCCAAGUCGUGCUACGGUCAUUCCCGGGGGCCUUCAGCCACUACCAGUGCAGCAACGGCGAGUCUCUUGAGACGUUUGCAGACAGGAUGAUAGAAGAGGACACCGUCAAUGAUAGAGCCGCUCUAGGCAAGUCGUUCAUUCGGUUCAUGUUCUUCGAUGGGGGCGCCGCUGGCUUCCGCCUCACUCUCCGCAUCAAUCACGCACAGUUUGACGGCAUAUCAUUCCCGCUGUUACUAGAAGAUCUCGCUGCCUUGUAUGGAGGCACGGCAAGCGACGUAUCAAGCUGGCCCGGAUUCUCUAGCUUCGUCUACACCGCUCACGAAAUGCAUGACGCCGGCGCUGUCGAGUUCUAUCGCGGUUUACUAGACGGCGCUUCCAUGACAGAGAUCGCCCUGCACAAGAAGCCGCCUUACUACAACUACCCCGCCAGCCAGUUGCUGAUGCGACGAGUCCCUCGAGUCGAGUUCCUGGAGCGCGGCAUUACUUUUGCCAUCGUCCUGAAGGCUGCGUGGGCCAAGGUUCUGGCUGCGGUCACAGGACAGGCAGACGUUGUGUUCGGAUAUCUCGUCAGUGGGCGCAGCCUUCCCAUGGCGCAGAUUGAGGACGUCGUUGGUCCAUGUAUCAACGUUACUCCUGUUCGCGUGGAUACUAGACAGGCAAACACGAAGCUCGAGCUGCUGGAGAGCGUCCGAGACCAGAAUCUCCAAGGCAUGCCCUACGAAACUUACCCCUAUGACGAUAUUGUGUCCCAGUGCACGCAGUGGCCGUCUUGGACCCGAUUCAGCACGCUGCUGGAGUGUCAGGUCGCAGCCGUAGAACCGGGCACGAUCCCCUUUGGCGAAGGGCUGGAAUGCUUUUUGUCGGCGACAAACCCUCGGUCGGACCUCGCUGAUCUUGUCGUCGACGCAAUGCCCAGCACAUCGGGCGGUAAUGAGAACAUUAUGUGCAUUCAAUUUCUUCACAGCGCACAACGUGUUUCAAGCAGCCUUGUCGCUGAUAUGGCCGAUUUGCUGUGCUCAUACCUCGAUCAGAUCAGUCACCAAAACGAACUCGACAGUCCUUUGUCAUCCGUUACUUCCGCGUUUGAGCCGAUAGCGAUGGAUCCCACUCGGCUGACCAAUGGCAGUGCUAGCCAACACGCUUCGAAAGACGCAACGAGUGACGUUGUCGAUGCAAGCAAGACAGCUGUGAUUAUAUCUGAUGUUGAAAAAGUCUGGCGUGAGGUAUUCGGUGAAGUGGCGAUGGGUCCAGUGACUCCGUUCUACUCAAUCUGGAGUAGCCCCAUAGCGGCGGCCCAACUUGCCGAUCAGUACAAGAGGUUGGGAUAUCAGAUGGAGAUGGAGGACAUUAUUGAACAUGCGACUAUGGAACAACAGAGCGACAUCCUUAAUAGGGGGGAUGCACCAAGCUAG